UUACCCUAGUGAAGUGCACAAACCUGAAGUUAGUAUUAGAUUAAGAAAAGAUAGCAUUUGUGCUUCAGCAAGUGCAAAAGUGGCACUCUUUGUUCUGUAGUGACAUUUAUUGAUUGCUCUUAAUCACCUAUUUUAACAAUAAUUUUUGUCCCUCAAAAUUGUGAUAGAAACUUUUCUCUAAAAUUACUGUGAGCCACUUGAUUCUCCAUUCUAAAAUUAAUGAAGAGUGAGUAUGAAUCCCAUAAUGACAGGCCACCAUCAUCAGAUUCUAGCUUCUGUACAGCAAAUGAAAAGAGACGGUAACCAGAAACUUAGAACCUGAAAGAGGCAGCCCAAGAAACACAGUACUUUAUGCUCCAAAGAGAAGGCCAUUCAUUAUUUACCAUCAAAGAGAGCAUGAAGAAAGAUGUAUUAGCCUUUAUAGCUCCUUCUGUAGUCUCCUUCCCUGACCCAAACACUAGUAAUGUGCCCACAAAUCCUGCUUUUAUGUGUACAUGCCAGAAGAAAAUUAAAGUCAAAGGGAGGGCCAAGGCAACUACUCACAGAAUUAAAGAACUUUCAAAGACAUAGAUACUUUCAGUAUCACAGUUUAGAAUAAAUAGGUGGAAUGCAGAAAUCCUUUUUUAAAGAUUUAUUAUGUGUGUUUGUUUGUAUAUGUGUGUGUCCUAUAUAUGUGGGUUCCUGUAGAAGCCAGAAAGGACAUUGGAGUCCUUGGAGCUGAAGAUACAGGCUGUUGUGAGCUGCUGUGUAGAUGCUGGGAACUGAACUCAGGUCCUCUGACAGAGCAGGAAUCACCCUUAACCAUUGAGCCAUAUUUCCAAUUCCUGAAGUUUUGCUUCCCUAAAUUUCUGUUAAUUUCAAAUCUCUAUUAAUAUUUUCUGUCCAAGAAUUACUUUUUUCUGUAUCCAUCAUUCAUCAAGCAAACAGAAACAACAAAACCUACCUUGUCUGUUUCACAUGGUAAACAAGAGAUUGAAAAGGAUUAUUAGAAUUAGUCUCCUUUUGGUUACUUCUUGAAAAUGGUGACCUGUGUAGAAUAUGGGUUUCUUAGCCACCCCCAAAAAGUUAACAAGAAAGCAGAUGAAUGAGAGGUGCUUGGCCCAGCAGCUCUUCUGGAAACUGAAUAGUGCAUUAAAACCUCAUCUUUGAUCAAAGUUGGGUCUCCUUAUGCUCAGUGCCAGACAUUUAUCAUCAUUGUUGUUGUCAUGGUCUCCUUCUCCUUCUUCUCCUUCUCCUUCUCCUUCUCCUACUGCUUCUCCUUCCCCUUCUCCUUCUCCGUCUCCGUCUUCUUCUUCUUCUUCGCCUUCAUCUUCUUCCUCGUCUUCUAUAAAAUAAUGCUACCAUAUUAUACUGGCAGAAACCAUCAUAACAUGCUCAUAGUAUAAUAUAGUAACACAAAAGUAUCUAAGCUAAAACCUACCGACCUACCACCUAACGGUGAUGGCAUUAAGAGGACAUCCCGUCCACAGAGCAAGGUUUACCUUUUCUGAUAAACUAGAUCCAGGCUCGGGUCCAAGUACUGGAAAUUACCAUGAGCUGAGAUUUGGGAUAUGGCUGAGUGACCCCAGGCACAAUAGUUGGCUUUUCUUUGUGUUAAUUACCUCAUGAAGUUGUUUGGCCAGGUCAGUUGCCUCUAGGACUCAUCUCCGUGAAGUGCAGAAAAAUUCUCUAGUAGCUUUUCCUUAAAGAUCAACACGUCUAAAUUUUAAAAAUUCUUUUGUUAUGCCUAUCUUUUUCCAAUUAAUAUUUAUUUUUUAAUUAAUAGUUUUCAGUUACUCUUAUUUGGCAAAAGAAAAAACAAAAAAUAAUAAAGACGGUCUUGUCCCCCAAGUAUUUAUGUUUUGAAAUUGUAUUGAUUCAUAGACAAUAGAGGGAGGCCAGAUACUUUAUUUUCAUUGCUUCUUAUGUAGAAGUUUUAUUUAUUAUAAAAGUAUACUGACUGAGGUUCAUAUCAUUAAUAACAUCUCAAACUAAAAGAUAUAAAGAUGAAGAAAAUUAAAAAGAUAUAAAAAAGAAGAAACUCUAGCUCCUUAAGCAGACGCGAGCGUGUGAGGUCAUGAUAUCCAUGGUCUCAGGUAUAGUAUCCACUUCAGAGGGCACAACAAACUAGCUUUUGUCGUAUGUGACCCAGUGUUAGUUUAUUCAUUUGUAGUGAAGAAUGAAACUUGUGGUUAGACCAGAUAGUGAAACCGCAAGACUCACUCCUUCUCCAGUAUUAAAGUCAAACGUACCAGAAGAUGUUUAAGUGGGGCAGGAGAGAUGGCUUGGAUGCAGAGAACCCAGGGCUCAAAACUUCUUAUUACUCCAGCUCCAGGGAGAUCCAACCCCUCUGCCAUCCUGCACUCAUGUGUAUAAACUAAUAUACAUAAUUAAAAUACAAAGUGAAAUAAUUGUAACAGAUUACUUAAGUCAGAGGCUUUUAGAAAAGGGCAGUGAGACCUCCAGCACGACUUAGGUGUAGGUGUUGGCUAUUCCUUCAGCCAUGUUUAUGCAGCAGUCUUGUGAAUGGACCACUGCUGUAAUAAACUGAUCUUGCUACACUGAUGCAUUGGUAGCUUGGUUCUUAGGUUAGAUUUUGGAUGUAUUUAUCUUGGAACUCUAACAUAUGGGAGUAAAUGUGUUGAAUGGAGACAAACUUAGAAUUACAGAAACCUCCCACCUCGCAGGGUUGAAGAUUAAUAAGCUAAAUCACUUAUCAUCAUACCAGACACAUAGGACAUCAUACUAAAAUCAUUCAUUUUUUAAGGCUAAGAAUAUGAACACUAAAAUUUUAUAAAAGGGAGCAACAACAACAAAGGAUCUAAGAUGAGUUUGUAAAGUCUGCCUGGGGUAAACACAGUUUUUUCUUUGUUAUUGAGAUAAAUAACCCAAACCAGUACUUUUUAAAUGUUGCUCCCUCAUCAGUUCACUAUCUUUUUUCCCCCAUCUUUAUUAAAUUGGGUAUUUCUUAUUUACAUUUUAAAUAUUAUUCCCUUUCCCGGUUUCCAUGCCAACAUCCCCCUAGCCCCUCUCCUUCCCUUCUAUAUGAGCUUCCCCUCCCCAUCCUCCCCCCAUUACCACCCUCCCCACAACAAUCACAUUCACUAGGUGUUCAGUCUUGGCAGGACCAAGGGCUUCCUCUUCCACUGGUGCUCUUACUAGGCUAUUCAUUGCUACCUAUGCAGUUGGAGCCCAGGGUCAGUCCAUGUAUAGUCUUUGGGUAGUGGCUUAGUCCCUGGAAGCUCUGGUUGUUGGCAUUGUUGUUCAUAUGAAGUCUCAAGCCCCUUCAGCUCUUUCAGUUUUUUCUCUGAUUCCUCAACGGAGGUCCUGUUCUCAGUUCAGUGGUUUGCUGCUAGAAUUUGCCUAUAUAUUUGCUAUAUUCUGGCUGUGUCUCUCAGGAGAGAUCUACAUCUGGUAUCUGUCAGCCUGCACUUCUUUGCUUCAUCCAUCUUAUCUAGUUUGGUGGCUGUAUAUGUAUGGGCCACAUGUGGGGUAGGCUCUGAAUGGGUGUUCCUUCAGCCUCUGUUUUAAUCUUUGCCUCCCUAUUCCCUGCCAAGGUUAUUCUUAUUCCCCUUUUAAAGAAGGAGUGAAGCAUCCACAUUUUGGUCAUCCUUCUUGAGUUUCAUGUGUUCUGUGCAUCUAGGGUAAUUCGAGCAUUUGGGCUAAUAUCCACUUAUCAAUGAGUGCAUACCAUGUGUGUUUUUCUGAGAGUGGGUUACCUCACUCAGGAUAUUUUCCAGCUCCAUCUAUUUGACUAUGAAUUUCAUAAAGUCAUUGUUUUUGGUAGCUGAGUAGUACUCCAUUGUGUAGAUGUACCACAUUUUCUGUAUCCAUUCCUCUGUUGAAGGGCAUCUGGGAUCUUUCCAGCUUCUGGCUAUUAUAAAUAAGGCUGCUAUGAACAUAGUGGAGCAUGUGUCUUUGUUACAUGUUGGGGCAUCUUUUGGGUAUAUGCCCAAGAGAGGCAUAGCUGAGUCCUCAGGUAGUACAAUGUCCAAUUUUCUGAGGAACCUCCAGACUGAUUUCCAGAAUGGUUGUACCAGUCUGCAACCCCACCAACAGUGAAGUGUUCCUCUUUCUCUACAUCCUCGCCAGCAUUUGCUGUCACCUGAGUUUUUGAUCUUAGCUAUUCUGACUGGUGUGAGGUGGAAUCUCAGGGUUGUUUUGAUUUGCAUUUCCCUUAUGACUAAAGAUGUUGAACAUUUCUUUAGGUGCUUCUCAGCCAUUCGAUUCCUCAGCUGUGAAUUCUUUGUUUAGCUCUGAACCCCAUUUUUUAAUAGGGUUAUUUGUCUCCCUGCAGUCUAACUUCUUGAGUUCUUUGUAUAUUUUGGAUAUAAGCCCUUUAGGUGAGGAAAUAAGUUUAAUCCUAACUAAAUAAAAAGAAAAGGGGGAAGAAUCCUUUCCCAUUUGGGGGUAGUUUAGAUUGGAAUGACAUUGGAAUUUGUGUGCACAAUGAUAAAAGGGUUCACUUAUACGUAGAUACCCUGACUUCUUGUUUGCCUUGCUUUAAACUCAUUUUCAUACUCUCCAGUGACCUUCAUGGAUUAGUGACUUUUCAAAGAUGAGCUAGUGUAAUUCAACUGAUAAUAAUUAAAACCUCAGUAAUACUGUUACAGUAUAUUAUUAUACACCUAGCUUCUAUGAUUAUAGAAGGGUCAUUUUUAUUUUUAUUUUUUUUCCUGGAGGGAAUUCUUGGGUUUAAAUGUAUUUAAAGACCCAAGUUUUCUAGCUACUUUUUGAGUGCCAUGUUAGUGUGCCGGUUUGCUGAGAGUCAGUAAUAAGCACACAGACUAAAUGACUUAACAUCAGUUAUUCACCACACUUGUGGAGACUAUAAGUCACUUUGCUGGGAGUUUUAGAGGCUAGAAGUCUGAGAUCAAGGAAUACUCAGGAGUUAUUUCUCUGAGACAUAUUCUUGGUAUGCAGAUGGCUUCUUUUUCCUUACACGCCCUACCUUUUUAUACAUCUGCAUCCUGCUUUCUUCUUAAAAGGACAGAGGUCAUGUAGGGUGAGGUCACCAAAUGCCCUCACUUAACUUUACCUCUUUAAAGACCAUAUCUGCAAAAUCCAUCAUAUUCUGAAGUCCUUAAAGGUAAGGCUUCAGCACAUAAAUGUGGGUGUGAGAAAAUAUCAACCCAUAAUGGAUGAAUUUAUGAGUAAAUUUUAUAUAACAAGCACAUAUGUUUUAUAGUCCAGAAACAUAAGCUUGAACUUUGUUUCUCAGUUAAGUAAACGUGCUAAGCCUGGCUCAGACUUCCCUCUAGGCUUUUCUCUGUGGCUUAGCUAACCACUCAGUUAAAUGUUGACUGAAAGAGUAAUUGUAUUCAUCCGCUAUGUUGAAGUUUAAUUUUAUCGAAGGAAACCAGUAGUCACUGCUAAAAAAGAGAAGUCUGUAGUUUUGUUCUAUCAUUUUUCCUUUAAUUUUUAUUUUCAAUUCUCUGUUCUCCACUAUUUUAGUCCUUAGAAUUAACUGUUUGAAAGAUGAACUUUGGGCACAAGAUAAUCCAGAACAGCAGAACGUGAGGGUUUGGACUCAUUCGUGUAGGUUUUCCCCUCUGAUGGUGUCUAUUCAUUUAGAAGCAUCAACUCUGUGCUUGUUCCAGAGAAGGUGUGUUGAGAUCCAUCUUUUAAAGGCUAUCAGAGAUAUAUCUCUUAAUGAUAGGCUUUUAGAAUGAAAUAGGAAGAUUAUUUGCCUGGAGUGUCAGCAGAAAUCUACCAGAAAAGGAGGCUGUAAAAUGCAGAGUACAGUUUUGAAUGCUACUUUACAACAAACUAAUGUGACAUAGGAAAUUUUAAUUGCCAGCUAUGUAUGUAAAUUAAUGUUGACAGUGAAUUUAUUAAAUUAGAAGCUAAUCGUAAAAUCACUUAAGAGUAUUAUUUUUGCAUCUUUGCUGGACUGGAUGUAGACAUAGUGUCAACAGAUUAAUAACUAUAAGCUUCAGAUCUUUGAAUUUUAUCUUUACAUGUAUAUGUAUGUGUGUGUUUGUGCUAGUACAUAUAUACAGUAGUAUUUGCACAUUUUAAAAAGGGUCACAUAAUAGAUGUUUUCUUUUUAUAAAUAUAUUCUAGUAUGGAUACUUUCAAGUGAGGAACUUAUCAAGUGAGGUGCUUAUUAAGAAACAAAUAGUAACUCACCUUUAUAAUGAAAUGUGUGCAGAGAGAGAAAUCAAUUAUUCUGCGCCUUCUUUGUAAUUCUAUGCCACAGACUAAUGGAAUAUUUUACUGAGGGAAUGUGACUGAAUAUGUCUUCUGUGAAAAACCAUUUGUAAUCAGUCCUGUAGAGGCACUUUAGAAACGAAGCACUAAUCAAUAGAUGUGAUAUUAUGGAUUCAGAAGUUAGAGACGUUUAUGACCACAAUUUUUCAAGCAUGCUUUACUAUUCUUGACUCUUAUUAAUUCUAAACAUUAAAUCAGUAACAACUCUAUAAUCCCAAAUCCCAAUGAAAGUAAAAGUAGAGACACACAAAUAGUACUCAUUUCUACUCUAAUGGAGACUGGGAAGGCUUUUACUUAGCAAUACUAGCUAGCAAGUGUCUCAAAAAUCAUACCAGUUGGCCCCUUAGCAAUUUGGGGAAAAGAAAAUUCUUAGCAGAGUGUACUUUGGCUGACUUAAUCAGAACUUUCCCAAAACAUGUUUGCCAUUGGUAAUGUUCCCCUUGUUACUCCCUCAGUGUUUGUAAAACAUUAAAUGACACGUUAGACUUUGUAUCAUGAGAUUAGACAUCUGUGUGACAUUUUCCCCUGGAAAGUCUGUGCUCCAAGUAUUUCAUCACAAUGUGUAUUCCAAACAUAACUUGGAGUCAGUGAGGAAGAAACAUUAGAAAAAAAUAUAUAUAUACAUAUAUAUGUAUAUAUAUGUGUGUAUAUAUAUAUACAUAUAUGUGUGUGUGUGUGUGUGUGUGUGUGUGUGUAUAUAUAUAUAUAUAUAUAUAUAUAUAUAUAUAUAUAUAUGAAGAGGCACCAUUUAGCAUUCAAUGACUACAUGGAUCUGGUUUGUAGACAUGUUCAUCAAAGUACAGUUUGCUUACUUUUCCAUAUAUGUCCCAUGUCAAAAUUCACAUGCACACAUACACAAAAUAUAAGUCAAAAUUAAAAAAGGACAUUCUCAUUUUUGAGUUCCAAACAUCAUUAUUUUUCAGUACUAGUUUACACCAAUUUUUUGUUUGAAUUUUUCAAGUUUUUAUAGUUGUAAAUAUUGUGUACCUACAGCCUAUUUUCCCUUAAUAUGAGAAAAGGUGUCUGAUUACUUUUCAAACAUUAAUCCCAGAAUUUAACCUAAAUGCCUGUAUGUUAACCACCUGAUUUGUGGUAUAUAAAUAAAGAAAUCUGAAGAUUGUUGUAGAGACUUUAGUUAUUUAUCUGUAGCUCUUACUGUUCUUGAAGGUUUGUUUUUUUUUUUUUGUUUUUUUUUUUAAAUGGGAGCCAUGUGAGUUUUCAUAUUGUCUUUGUAGCUCUUAAAUGCCAUGCUUUUAAAUAUCUGUUUUCCCCGGAAUUGAAGUAGCAUCAAUCUACUUCUAAAGAUAGAACUCAGAUUCCCGAGUCAUUCUUUUCUCGAACUGCUUUGUCUUUGAAGUGGUUAUGUAAAUAGAAUGUUCUGAGGCAGACUCCCACUUCUGUGAUGUCACUUGUCUUUCUAACCUCUGCCUGGUAAGUUGGAAAGUAGCUCAUUACCUGCUGGCUGGGAAGGUGCUGAAAUGAGCACCCAGCAGGCUUUCCUUGGGGAAAGUCCUGGCGCUGUCAGAGGCCAUUCACCCCAGCAGUUCAGCGGACUCCAGUGCUAUGCAGUAAUGGUAGAAAGGUAUUUUUGUAUGAAAACUAAUUUUAUUUUGCAAAAUACUCACCUGGUAGUUCUGAGUUAAACUGAUUUGUAUUGAAUCUAGAAGACUAAAAGUGAAAGUCCUGGCAGUUUUUAGAGUGACAUUAACUGAAGAGUGUGUCCCAGUGUUCUGUAUAAACCCAGUCCCCAGCCAAGUCUCACUCGUGCUACAUUCUCCUGAACACAGUAGCACCCUUGCUUGCCUGUGGCGUGGCAGCCCUGAUACUCCUGCAGGUUUCCUUUAGGAUCUCACCUAGAUUCCAUCUCUGUCGCGCCCUGUACUUCUAGAUACUCUUCUCUUCUGUCUCUGCUGCAUGUGCUCCGUAACCAGUAGAACUAUGUUCUCCAGAGACAUCCAAGGGUAAUGGUUGUGUUAUAUACUGUUUUCUUCUACACAUACAUACAUACAUAUUAUAGAUGAUGUAUGUAAGAAAUUAACAAUAAUGAAAACUAUUUUAAAUGCACUCUAAUAAGGUUAUAUAAAUAUAGCCUUUCUAAAAAUAUCUUAGAAGUGACUAACAGGCAGGUAGCACUGAGCAGAAACACAUUGGACAAAGAAAUGAUUCAUACCAGCUUGCAUAAUGCUACUCAGAACUUAUAAAUUGUAUUUCUAGAUUUUUUCCAUUUGAUAUUUUCAAAUUGAGAUGUACCCUUGGCAACUAAAACCAUGGAAAAUGAAAGUAGGUAAAAAGUAGACAUAGGCAUGGGUCAUCAUCAUGACAAAUUCUGUGUGACCCCACACUAGAUCAGUAGUUCCUUGAGGUCAAAGCCUCAGGUUGUCUUAUCCACUGUGCUCAGCAAGACCUCAAGGUCAGGAAUUAUUGAGUCGUGCCAAGGCCCUAGAACAGGAUAAGCCUUCAGUGCCAGGUUUUCUGGGGAGAGAGCAUCUCCUCAAAAGUUCUUGUCUGAAGUUUAUGCUGUUUCUUGUGGAUUCGAUUAAUUAUCUUUUCUCUUCCUUUGAACUGCAACUGACUUGCUGACGGAAUGCUAAACCUUCAGUUUUGAACAUUUGGGGCUGGGUAGAAGGGUUUCUUUUUCUUGGCGCUGGGUCAUUUGUUUGUAGGUACAAAAUGGCUGACUAACGUCAAUAUAUAAAUUGCCUAAAGUUUUCAUUAGUUAUCAUUUUCUUAUAUUUGGAAUGAACAUAAAAAUACUGUAAUGUGUAUUCUGUAAUGGUGAAAAGGCAUGAAUUAAACACUGAUAUGUUUACUAAAUUGUUAGCAUGGGAGUCUGAGAGAAAACAGAAUGGACAUAGUGGCAGUUGGUGUAGAUCAUGUCACACACGGCCUAGCUUCACAGUAUCUUGGCUCACGGAUGGUGACUACAGCCAAAGGUUUUCUUUAAAACAAGUGAGGUUUAGUAAAGAUUUAUAGUGUAUUUGAAGUUCUUUUUAAAAAUGCAUGAAACUGACCACCACCGGCUUUGAUACAUAACCCAGGAAAUAUAAAGAAUAUGGCCAUCUUUCCAUUUCAAAAGCUCAUAGAUGAAAUCUCAGUGGAUUCUUUGACAAUGUUUGAAAGGUUGUUUUUUGUUUGUUUGUUUGUUUUGUUUUUUCUUCUCAUUUGACAUGCAGCAAGGACUUAUGGGCGAAGGAGAGGUAACAUCAAUGUUUCUCACUUUUGAAUGUAUCAGUUCUGUAUAGAGAGAGUUGGGCUUACCCAGUUUGUGGGGAAGGAGUGAAGGGCAGUGGCUGGGCUUGACCUAUAUGGAAUCUGCGUUGUAGCUAGAGCUGUAGACAUUCUAAUUGAGGAGACUUAGAGAGCUUGAUAAUUUGGAUUUAAAUUCUCUAUAUUAGAUAUUUAGCUUACUUAUAGCUAAAGAUUUGCCUUUUUAACUCCAUAGAGGAAUUUAAGAAUUUUUGUAAAGAUUUGAAUAUUUAAAGGCUAGACUUGUCUGAAAAUUAUCUCACUAAUUGGAGAGUCAUUUAUACUUAAGUAACCUACAUGAGCUUGUUUUACUAAGUAAACAUAUACAUGUAUUUAGUUUAAAAUAUGACGGGCUGAAUAAAUAAGUAAUUCUACAAAUGCUUCAUGAAAAAAACAAAGGAUUCUAGAGACUCGUUUCUUAGACAUUCCUAGCUAAACUUAAUUUUCUUCUCUGUAAUACUUUUGCUGUUUUAUAAAGACCAUUGAGUCACUUAGACUAAAAAUGUGAUUUAAAAAAAAUCAUUCAGAAAGUUAUCUCCAAUUGUAGAGCUAUUUUGAAUCAUAAUUUACUGACAGCAUAUAGGAUAAAUUUAUGACAGAAACACUGUUGUCUGUGCUUGGGAAUGGGACUGACAACUGAGGUAACCAAAGAGCAUGUGAGCGCUCCGAUGAGGGAAGAGACUUGAGAUCACUCUUAGAGGACCAUUGACAGUUCCUCAGAGAACACCUAAAAGUGAACAGCAGUCAGCAGUCUGCACCUCGGUGCUCUGCUCUGAUACAGACGUUUCUAUUUCCUGUCAGGUCAGUCUUCAUUGUUCCCGAUGGAGGAUGGGUUCCUGGAUGAUGGCCGUGGGGACCAGCCUCUUCACAGUGGUCUGGGCUCGCCUCACUGCUUCACUCACCAAAACGGGGAGAGAGUGGAACGGUAUUCCCGCAAGGUGUUCGUGGGUGGAUUGCCUCCUGACAUUGACGAAGAUGAGAUCACGGCUAGUUUCCGUCGCUUUGGCCCUUUGAUUGUGGAUUGGCCUCAUAAAGCAGAGAGCAAAUCUUAUUUCCCACCAAAAGGCUAUGCCUUCCUGCUGUUUCAAGAUGAAAGUUCUGUCCAGGCUCUCAUUGAUGCGUGCAUUGAAGAAGAUGGAAAACUGUACCUGUGUGUGUCAAGUCCAACCAUCAAGGAUAAACCAGUGCAGAUCCGGCCCUGGAAUCUCAGUGACAGUGACUUUGUGAUGGAUGGCUCACAGCCACUUGACCCACGGAAAACGAUAUUUGUUGGUGGUGUUCCUCGACCAUUACGAGCUGUGGAGCUUGCAAUGAUAAUGGACCGGCUGUAUGGAGGCGUCUGCUAUGCUGGAAUCGAUACUGACCCAGAGCUCAAAUACCCAAAAGGAGCUGGACGAGUAGCGUUUUCUAAUCAACAGAGUUACAUAGCUGCUAUCAGUGCUCGCUUUGUUCAGCUGCAGCAUGGAGAGAUAGAUAAACGGGUGGAGGUUAAGCCAUAUGUCUUGGACGACCAGCUGUGUGAUGAAUGUCAGGGGGCCCGUUGCGGGGGGAAAUUUGCUCCAUUUUUCUGUGCUAAUGUUACCUGUCUGCAGUAUUACUGUGAAUAUUGCUGGGCUGCUAUUCACUCUCGUGCUGGCAGAGAAUUCCACAAGCCCCUGGUGAAGGAAGGUGGCGACCGCCCUCGGCAUAUCUCAUUCCGCUGGAACUGAAGAGCGAACGACUCCAGGGCUCCUUUGCAGGCCUCAGAAGAAGUGCGUGCCCUCUUCUGUUAAUUCCGACUCUUCCUCAGCCUCUUCACGCUGGCAUGGCCUGUGCAGCAGUGUGUAACUAACAGCCGUAGAAUGAAAAGAACAACCUACAACAUAGGUCUUUUGUAGACUCUCGUGUCACUGCAAACAGUAUGUUCCAACUCCAUUUUCACAUUGCCAUUAUGUUGCAUGCAAGUUUGAAUUCUCUUGUUUUGCUGGAGGCCAAGAGGAUCCAAACUUGCUGUAGCAUUUUCUUAGAGGAGAGAAAUAUUAACAGAGAAAUGAGACAAUAUUUUUGGGGUUUUAAUUGCUGGUAAUGAUAUAAGAAAACUUUACUGCGAUAACCACCAACAGUAACACUAUUGUCUGUUCUGACACAGUCUCCCCAGGGAAGGGCUCUUGUUUCUUUUCUUUCAUUCCUUCUCUCUUUCUCUCUCUUCUGUCCCUUUCUAUUCUGUAACAGCAGUGGAGGAAGUUAGCAGUUAUUAACAGGAAAGAGUAUGUCAGAGCGAGCGAAUGCAUGAGUAAGACUGAGCAGCGUAACCGUCAGAGCUUUGAGGCCGAGUAUAGCUUGACCAUGCCUCAAAUGCCUUCAUACAUCAGAAAAAAUAAAGUAGGCCAGCUGAGUUUAUUUUCUUUGACAUAAUUGUUAAAAUUCCGAAUGUAAGAAUUGGGUGACUUUACUACUGAGGGGAGUGUGCUUAUUUAUUUAACUGACUUCCUAAUCACAGCCCCAGGAAACCUACCAAAGCUAGAAUUAAUGAUGUCUGGUGGGAAAACAGAAGAACAAAUACAUAAAUUUUAUUUUUGUUGUUAUAUAUAAACUCUAUAUCCUAAUUUACUAACAGUCAUCAGGUGUCAGCCUUUGCUCUCCAUUUUGACAUUAAAAACAACACAUGUAGACAUACCUCAAGGAUAUCGUUUUUGACUUCGUGUUACACUACACUUGUAGCCAAAACUGGAAGAUUCAAAACAACAUACAGACCAGCUGCCCAUUGGCCUCGUUUUCCAUUUGAAGUUACUUUGGAAUCCUGUAAUUUAGUUGUAACAUAGAAAAUGUGGGGGGGAAAGGUUAAAAAAAAAAGUCAAGUAGUUGCAAAGUGUUUUGCACUGUUGAACUAAGUAAUUGUGUAAAUCUGUGCAAAAGUCCGUAUGUUUAUCUUGCUCUUCCUAUAAGGUACAAUAACAUACACUUUCCGAACUUAGCAUGGGACAUAGUGUUUGAAGUGCCAACUUCAUCAAGUAAUGCAUGCUUAUUAUAAAGACAACCCUAGCUUUGAAAGAUGUUCUUAUGUCUGAACAGUCUGCUUCGGGGGCUAAUGUAAAGCCGUCUCUUGAAGCCCUGGUCAUGGAAGUGACUUUUGGUUUAAUUGACAUUCUCUUCGUAAUGCCCUACCGUAGUUCAAAGGAUUACAUCAGUGUGCAAAGCAUUCACAGUGAGCAACAGUCUAAGUGCAGUCUUGCUAGCUGUGCUGCCUAACAGUACCAUCCUGGAUCCUUCAGAACCAAAGACUUGCCCGCAGUGCUGUCUGCAGGAAAAGCAGCCCUUGAUUCUUAACACAGGCUUGAAUGAGCUACACCCGUUACGUUCCAAAGGUCAAAAUGGGGGAGGCACUUGCUGUCUAAGAGUCCAACAAAGAAAGAGGGAGCACUGUUCGCAGGAGCACCCUGCUAACAGAACAGCGAAGCAGCUGGGGUGGAGGCGCUGUCUCUCUCGUAGCUGGUCAGGGACGUUUCUUCCUUUCUCCUGAACUACGCGAUUCUAAUUGGAAUGUUCAUUUGCCUCUUUCUUCCUUUAAUGCUUGUAGGUGGCUUGGGGUGUGCUAUCGUGCUGUUCCUACUCAGUAAACAGGUGUGAUGAGUUAACAAGAAAUAUCACUGCUUGAGGACUAGCUUUGAAUAAUACUUUUCCCUUUGUACAUGACCUGCUGAAUUUCGGUACAGUGUUUUGUAGCUGACUUAUUUUGUCAUGCACAUGAUGUAUAUUUGUUAUGCACUACCUUUGUAUAUCUUGUUUUUCCAACAGUGAACAUUUUUAGGCACACUUUUCACUGACGGGAUAUCUCUUUAUGCAAUACCUCAAUUUUUCAUAUUGCAAAGAGUAGCUUUUUGUACUUUUAUUACUGAGAGAUCUUCAUAUACUUCAUUUUUUAAUAUAAAUAAUUUUAAUAAAUUUUAUUUUCUUAUAUUCUGCUUUUUAUACAUUUCAGUGCUCUGCAUACAUUUUAAAUUAUGAAUGUUGUGCACUGGCAAUGCUAUUUUAGAGUCUGCAGAGAAGAGAAAGCAUGUUGCUUAAACAUCCUUCCCCAGCACCAGCUACUGGUGUACCUAUAAUUUAAGAAAUAGUCUAUGUAAAGUCACAAAUUAAUGGAAAAAAUUCGCAUGAAAAUGACAAGAUAACACUGUAGUUCCUCAAAAAGAGAUUAACUGCAUAACCAUAGGAUAGAAAUUUAAAACCACAAAAUUGUCUACAGCUUCUUACUAAGUUUUUUAAAUUAUUCAUAAAAUGCAGACAUUUUGGGUGAAUGUUUAAUCAUUUUUAAUCUUAAUUAAUUGAUGUUACCUGUUUGAUUCAGAGAUGUCUGCUCUUUUAAAUUCUAUAUAAUAAAACGAGAUCGCCUGGCACAGGACAGGUGUGUAAUGUUAGUAUGCAUGACUAAUGUAAGAAAUUGUUAUUCUGCUAAUAUUUCCUUGUGAUUGUGUGACAAGCGUGUUUACAGAUGAUUGGUUCACUUCUUUACAGGGCAUAAACAAUGAUUAUCUAUUACUCUGAACUUUAUGAUUACAUGUCCUUCAGAUUACAUGGGAUUGUAGUUGGGAGUUACCAUGUAACUCAAACAUUAUUAACAUGUAAUUAGUUUACAGGUUUUAGGGUAUCACUUCAAUUUACCAAGCAUGUAGUUCUAGCGCACUAGCAUGGCACCAGCCAUGUAUUUACAAUGUAGUUACAGAGUAAUUACAUGGUUAUUUUUGCAAUGUAAAAUAAAGUGUUUCUGAUUAUUUUCUAUGUAAAGGACCCCCCACCCCAUCCCCAUCCCCUGGCUUUGGUAUAAUAUAUUUACUUCUCCAUACACAGACCUCUGCAGAAUGCAAAAUAAAACUUGCAGUGAAUGAACUUAGCAUUUUAUGAGAGUGCUGUUGGAAAGACUUGAUAAUUCACCCCUUUUGUUUUGAAGAGUCGAAUCUUCUGUUAAAAGGUGAUUUAAAACUUGAAUGUGAUGAAUUGUGGCGAGCUCACUCCAGUUAUGUGCAAUACUUAUCUCACACUUUGGAAGAUCUUUGCAGUGUAAUUCUUUGUUUUUAAUUGCAGACAUUAAAAAAUGUCAUUUUCUACUGUUAAGAGUAAUCCUCUUUCUUGCUGGUGUUUCUAAAGAAAAGAAUCAGAAAUCAAUCUUUCUACUAAUGUAAAUUUGAGAUUAUUUUUAAAAAUGGAAUAAAAGAGGUUUUGGUCAUUUGCUUUAUUUUAUUAUCUUAUUUUAAAGCUACUGUGAUUGAUAGCAUUGUAAGAAUUGGGACAAUAUUGUAUUCAACUGUUUUAUUUUUUAUAUUUUUAAAAUUUAAAGUAUAAUUAGUUUUUAUAAUUUCAUCAGAUUUUUGUUAUAUUUUUUGGAAGUGAAACUUUUAGCAAGUGGGUGUCUGGUUUUUACUGCUCCCUAAUUUCCCAGUGUAUUGCUCACACUAUCAGAAGGCAGCGUUAUUUAAGUGUGUCAGUUAAUUGUACUACUUGGCUGAAUUUCCAUAUAGUUUUUACUGUGUAUGGGGAGGUUGUAGUAUUUAUUCUAGCAUUUUAAAUAAGGGUAAUUCAUUUUUUUAUUAAAGUCAUUUUCACCUUAAGUUCCUAUUUUUGUAUGUUCUACUCUUAAGUUAUAUAACACAGUUCCUUUUUUAAAAGAGUUCAUUUGUUGAAGUGCUAGUGGAAAAUUAAUGUUAUUAAAUAGUUUGCAAAUGACUAUUUAUACCAGUAUGCAUAUAAUUUUUAAAUAUUUGUAAUGUGAGAUGUUGAAUGAAUAAAACUUUUAACUCAGA